AUGACAAAUAAAUUGCAGACUGCCUUACUGAUCUUAGCAAUUGGAGAGUUUUCAGUUGGGAUCUUAGGGAAUGCAUUCACUGGAUUGGUAAACUGCGUGGACUGGGUUAAGAAGAGGAAGAUUGCCUCCGUUGAUUUAAUCCUCACAAGUCUGGCCAUAUCCAGAAUUUGUCUAUUGUGCAUAAUACUAUUAGAUUGUUCUACACUGGUGCUGUAUCCAGAUGUCUAUGCCACCGGUAAACAAAUGAGAAUCAUCGACUUCUUCUGGACCCUAACUAACCAUUUAAAUAUCUGGUUUGCAACCUGCCUCAGCAUUUACUAUUUCUUCAAGAUAGCUAAUUUCUUUCACCCAGUUUUCCUCUGGAUGAAGUGGAGAAUUGACAGGGAGAUUUUCUGGAUCCUGCUGGGGUGCUUGGUUCUCUCUGUGUUUAUUCGCCUUCCAGCCACUGAGAAUGUGAAUACUGAUUUCAGGCGUUGUGUGAAGGCAAAACGGAAAACAAACUUAACUUGGAGCUGCAGAGUAAAUCAAAAUCAACAUGCUUCUACCAAGUUAUUUCUCAACCUGGUAACGCUGCUCCCCUUUUCCGUGUUCCUGAUGUCUUUUUUCCUCUUGAUCCUCUCCCUGCAUAGACAUAUAAGGCGAAUGCAGCUCAGUGCCACAGGGUGCAGAGACCCCAGCACAGAAGCCCAUGUGAGAGCCCUGAAAGCUGUCAUUUCCUUCCUUCUCCUCUUUAUUGCCUACUGUUUGUGCUUUCUCAUCGCCACCUCCAGCUACUUUAUGUCAGAGACAGAAUUAGCUGUGAUUUUUGGUGAGUCUAUAGCUCUAAUCUACCCAUUCAUUUAUCCUAAUACUGGGAAACAAUAA